AUGCUUUCGGGGAAUGUUUGGCAAGUGCUCUUGGACCUUGUUACCUGUUCCAGAGACCCGCAGAAAGGCCAGUGGUGCAGUUGCAAAGAGACCGAGGGCAAGUCCCGAGGCAUUCUGGGCAAUCUUCCAUGGUCCAUCCAGGAGAGCGAUUCCAGCGAUGAAGAUGUGAGCAGCUUGGAAUGGAAGCCCACCAUCCUUUCUGCCGAUGGAUCCCGCUAUACUGGCCAAUGGAAAGGCAGUACUUGGCAGGGUGAAGGUCAGCUAGAGCUGGCGGAUGGCAGCACCUAUGAGGGAUGUUUCAAAGAUGGCAAACCUCACGGUGUUGGGUGCUUGAAAGGUCCUGAUGGAUGUGUUUAUCAGGGCCAAUGGCGCCAGGGAAGAGCACAUGGAAUGGGGAAGUACACCAAAGCUGCUGGUGCUGGCACCUAUGAAGGUCAAUGGCUGGAGGACAAACGCUCCGGCCUAGGCACUGAGCUAUGGGCAGAUGGAUGCCUCUACCGUGGAUCUUUUCAGAAUGGUUGCAAGCACGGGCGAGGCUUCUACCAAACGCCCCAAGGUGCUUCCUACAACGGGAGCUUUCAAGCAGACCAAAUGCAUGGAGACGGGGUCUACAAGUUUCCCGAUGCUCGUGUCUAUUCAGGAUCCUUCAAAUCUGGGCAGAUGACUGGAUAUGGCCAUAUGUCUUGGCCUAGCGGAGCUGCCUAUGAAGGUCAGUACCUCAAUGGUGAGAAACAUGGCCCAGGGGUCUACACCUGGCCAGAUGGUCGUGCGUGGUCGCAGCGCGCGCUAGCAACAUUGGCAGGUUUGGGCUUAGGCUGCGCUUUGCUGGCGAACAAGGCAUCACCUACGGCUCGAGCAGCUGAGCCUGGUGGGCGCAAAGUGUGCAUUGUCGGCGAGGCAUUGUUUGACUUUUUGCCGGUCAAGACGACGGAUGGCAAGCAGGCGUUCCUCCCGCGCCCUGGAGGUGCACCGCUGAAUGUGUGCAUAGCAGCCUCCAGGAUGGGCGCCAAAGUUAGCUUCCUGGGAGCCCUUUCUUCCGACAUGUUUGGCGAGGAGCUUUACAGAACCCUUGAGGCCGACAACGUUGACCUGAGCAUGGUGAAGCGGCUGCCAAAUCCUUCCACGUUGGCAUUUGUCAGCAAACCGCCUGGAUCAGAUGUUCGCUAUGCGUUUUUCAAGGAAAAUGCUGCAGAUCGAAGUCUCUCUGCCAGGGGUGUGGCUGAGCUCUUGAGCGGCAAAUCCUUUGGUGCACUUCACGUGAGUCUGGGAGCCAUCACUCUUGAGGAUUCAGUGCUGGCGGAAGCCUUUGAGCAAGCCUACAAGAACACUCACAGUACCAAAGGCUUUACAUCCUUUGAUCCCAACCUGCGUGGCCCCAUGGUCAAAAGCAGUCCCAGCGUUUAUGCGAGCCGUAUAGAGGCAUUUGCGCAGCACGCUGACCUGAUCAAAUCCUCUGACGCAGAUAUCGAGUUCUUAUAUGGCGCAGGAGCUGACCUAGAGGCAGUGGCCAAAAAGUGGCUCCAAAAAGGCGCCAAAUUGGUUGUAGUCACACGCGGUCCUGAUGGGGCCACGGCAUAUUUUCGAGGAAAAUCGCAAAUAACCUCGCUGGCGGUCAAGCCACCCUGUGAAUCGCCCAAGACCAUAGAUCUUGAGGGCAAUCCUGCGCCUGUGGCCGACACGGUUGGCGCUGGAGAUACGUGUAUGGGCACUUUGCUUUGCUACCUGUUGGGGGAGGACAUGUCUAUGGUCUUAGGGGCCUUCGCCCGCAUGCGCUACAGAGAUCGCGAUAUGAUGGUUCGGAUCGCUGAGUCAACUCCGGCGAUCCUAGGACAGUUUGCAGCCACAGAUAUUACGCACUACUUGGCAGCAUUUGCUCGUCUGGACGUGGAGCAUCGCUUAGUUUUCAACUUGAUGGCCCGAGAAAUUGCCAGGAAGCUGCACGAUUUCAAUGCAGCUCAGUUGGGUGAAUUGGUUUAUGCCUAUGCUCGCUUGAAGCUUCGUCAUCAACUGCUGUUGGAUGUACUGAAGAAGAGGAUGAUUGAGGUUGUAAAAGCAAUGCGGCCUUGGCAUUUGGCCUUGGUGGCCAAUGGCUUUGCCCGGUUGCAAACCAGUGACGAGCGCUUUUUCACCAUUUUGGCUUCUGAGAUUUGCCGACAGAUUUCAGAGUUUGACGGGAAGCCGCUUGCUUUGGUGGCAAAUGCGUAUGCAAGACUAGAAGUCCGAAACCGCUUUCUACUGGAGCUCUUGGGCGAUGAGGCGUUCCGUCGAAGAGGUGAACUUGAACCUCAAGCUAUUGCCCUGCUCGUCAACGCGCACGCGCGGCUACAAAUGUCAAAUCCACUACUCUUCGAUUAUUUUGCACAAGAUAUUCCGCGCCGGAUUCGUGCUCACAAUCUUCAAUCUCUUUGUCUCAUCUCGAGUGCUUUCGCCAAAUCACGAAAAAGUGAUGAAACAUUAUUUGGAAAGAUCGGAGACUAUGUUUGUUCUCAUGCAUCAGAGUUGUAUCCACGAGCCGUGGCGACAUUUCUCUUUUCCUUUUCAGAAGCUGAUAUCCGUCAUGGUGUGCUGUUCUUCAAUGCCCCGGAGCACGUGUUGCAGAAUAUCCAGGCAUACACCACAGAUGAACUCUGCAUGGUGGGACGGGCAUAUGGGCAUUUCCAAAUGGCCCAUACGCCGCUGUUCGAAUGCAUCAGUGAGACUUUGCCGCACCACACUUUGGCCUUGGAGGCAGAUCAGACUGAAGAGAUUUCGGCACAAGAUGAGGAUGCAGAGGUUGGUGGAACCUGUUGGCAUUUGGUAUAA